AUGAACGGCGACACUUACUCUUCCAGAGAUUCUGGGCGCCCGCGCGAUUACUACCGCGACGAGCGACGUGAUAGAGACCGAGGUGACCGGGGAGAUCGCAGUGAGCGACCAGAGAGAGGAGAGCGCCGGCGCUCGCGUUCGCCUCACCACGGCUCCCGAGGUGGCUCGCGCCGCGAACACGAAGCCAACUCCUACUCAUCCAGCCGCGACUACCGUGCCCGUGAGCGUGAAGACCGCUACUCCGGCAGACGCGAAGAGCGUGAUUGGGACCGAGGCGACCGCGGUGACAGAGCUGAGCGUGGUGGUGGCGGUGGUGGUGAUCGCCGACGACGUGACUUCGAUGACAGACCCCGACGAGACUUGUUUGAGGAUCGACCCCGACGUGGUGGCGGCGAUCGGGACCGUGGUGGCCGGGACCGCGGCGAUCGCGGCGGUGGUGACAGAAGGGAGCAACCGAAAAGGAGCCCUUCACCUCCGCGGAAGAAGGAGCCCACUCCCGAUUUGACCGACGUCCCUUCCAUCCUGGAUCGCAAGCGUCGCCUUACUCAAUGGGAUAUCAAGCCCCCCCGGAUAUGA